UCCAUGUGUAACUCUGUGUUGUCUGUUCACACUGCUAUGCUUUAUCUUGGCCAGGUCGCAGUUGCAAAUGAGAACUUGUUCUCAACUAGCAUACCUGGUUAAAUAAAGGUGAAAUAUAAAAAAUUAUAAAAAUGUAGGAGACCCAGACACAGACCUGGAGCUGUGACUGUCAGCCAUUUAUUGUCAUGCAAAAGACUGUAGGUCUCAAGGCAAAUGACCGUUAAUUAGCAUUAACAUACAAGCCGCUGAUGAGUUUUAAUAUCUACAUUUUUUUAAAAUUAUAAAUUAGUUAAAUACACACCAUCACAAUAAAUCCAUUGUUUAUUUUAGGCAGAUCUAAAUAAACAUGUAUUUCAGAAGAACAGAAUAUGAGUUGGCCUACUGAAUGUUAUCUGCGCCAUGCCAUAGGCUGUCGUCUUGUUCAUUUAGCAGACAAGAUAUGCUUAUAAGUCCUGUGCAAUUGUUUGAUAUUAUAUGAUUUUAUAGUAAGAAGAAUAUAAUUGAAUUUAGAUUUAAAUAACAAUAAUAUUUGUCUCAUUCCAGAGCGAGUGCACAUAUGAAGUGUCUACGUAGACCAUACAAGUGAUCAUGUGAAACAAUUAUUUAUCAAUUUUAGUUGUGAAUGAUACAAACCUUAGUAAAGCCAAUUGUAAAGUAUAGAAUUGCAUACAGUUGUAGAAUGUAUGCCAAGACACAUUGUAAGAGCUAUAAAGAGAGAGGGAGAGAGAACAGGCAGAACCUGAUAUGUAAAUGAGCAGAGCAAAUGAAACUAACUUUUGACGACCCGAUGAUCCUUCAGACUGUGUUUCUAUUGAGAGAUAAAAGGCUGGUUGAAUGAGUUGUCUAUGAAAGCUACUUCAUCUGCAAGAAAACAGGCAUCUGCACCAGUGACUGGGUCAGUGCUCUAAAAUGAGUCUCUCUGGGGAGAGAGAGGAGGAGGGCCCUGCCUCUAAAAUGAGUCUCUCUGGGGAGAGAGAGGAGGGGGGCCCUGCCUCUAAAAUGCAUCUCUCUGGGGGACAUGACACCAAAGCUAAGAGACAGACCUCCCCCUCCGCCUCGUGUCAUUGGAGGCCAGCCGGCUUAUACCGUCCAUCGGAUACUGGAUUCCCGCCGGGUGCAGCGGUCCUGGCAGUAUCUGGUGGACUGGGAAGGCUACGGUCCCGAGGAGCGCUCCUGGGUUCCUGCCAAAGACAUCCUGGAUCCUGACCUCAUUCGUCAGUUCAGGGCCCUCCACCCUGAGAGAGCUGGUAGGAACGUCAGGAGCCGUUCCUAGGGGGGGGGGAUUCUGUCAGGAUUUGGCCAGGGUUGUUCCGGGUUUUGGUCACUAGAUGCCCCCAUUGUGCUUUUUGACCUUAUGUUUUUUCCCUUGUUCCCCAUUAUUAUUUGCACCUGUACCUCGUUUUCCCUGAUUGUAUUUAAACCCUUAGUUCCCCUCAGUUCUGUGCUCUGUGUUUGUAUGUUAGCACCCAGCCCUAGUGUUCUGUGUUUUCCUGUCAAUUCCGGUGGAUGCUCUUGUGGAAUUCUGUUUUUGUUUUUGAGUAUCUCUUGAGGCUUUUUUGUGCUAUUCCUACCACCUUUUGGAUUUGCCAUUUUUGUAUUU